ACCAGUCCUGCGACGGUACCACUCAAUAGUGCUGCAAAUUUAUAACCGUUUGAUGUAAUACCCUUACUCUGGAAAGUUUUGUAGUAGUACCUUGGAUAAAAGUAAAAUUUCACCACACCAUAUAUCCAUAUUCGAAAGAGAGCGUAUAUUAUCUUUGCAAUGGACUUGCUGUCAAUUUCUUCCAACGAAAGAGCAGAAAUUCUAAAACAUUACGAUAUUUCUGAAGCACAAGUAAAGGAAGACGUAGAACUAAUUAAAUCUUGGAAGCAAAAACAGCCACAUUUACCGGAAAACAUAUCAGAUGACUUCAUUGCGAGGAUCUUUUUAAGAAAUAAAUUUAGGGUUGAACGUACAAAAGAAAAACUAGAUAAUUAUUUUACCCUUCGAGGUUACCACGAUGAUCUUGUUAGGGAUUUAGAAAACAUUGUUCCUUCGAAACACUUCAUCACGCAUUUGCCAAUGCCGAAAUUAACUCCUAAUCAUGAACGUGUUAUUAUAAUGAAGCUAAUUAACAGAGACGCCGAAGUUUAUGACAUGAAGGAACUUAUAAAGUUGGAUUUGGCUGUGACAGAAGUGCUACUACAAUAUGAUGACAGUAUCGGGGUUCGGUAUGUGAUCGAUUUUGGAGGAUUUACGUUAAAACAUUUGACUAAAUGGAAUCCAGUUUUAUUACUUAAAAAUGUAAUUCUUAUUGAAAAAGCAUAUUCUUGUCGAUUGAUGGGCAUUCACUGUGUCAAUCUUCCUGAAUUCGCUAGUAAGAUCCUAGGAAUAUUUAAGAUUGUGUUGCGAUCGAAGAUUUAUGAUAAGGUGAAAAUUGACAGUAGCUUGGAGUCUCUCUAUGAGGUGAUGCCGAAAGAAUGUUUACCUUCUGAAUAUGGUGGUUCUUGUAGUGACAUCCACAGUUUGUUAAAAAAAUGGGAUGAAAUUUUUCAAGAUCACCGAAAUUUUUUUAUUGAAAACUACAAAAACGUUUCGUUGGAGCACCUGCGACCAGUAGAUUUUACCAAAAGUGAUUCAUUUGGACCUGAUGGUACUUUCAAACAAUUAACGAUUGACUAAAGGAUUGCAUAAUAUAUUAACUGUAUAUAAGGUUUUGCUCGACUAGUUGUUUUGUGAUAACAGUAUUACACUAUUGAUUUAUCUUUGUUUUAUUAAGAUUAGUA